UGUGUCAAGGAAGCAAGAAGACUUACUCCAAGGCAUACUCCUCUUCCCAGUGCUCUUUGCUCUUUGUGGAAAACAUUCUAUAGGCGGAGCUUUUGAACACCACCCUCUCUUAAAACCAGAGUCUCCACUCUAGCCUGACCACUUCAGCACCUGCCUCCUGCCCAGAGAAGAUGGAAUCAGACAAAAUGAUGCCUGGAGGCUUAACUGAAGCCAGACCUGCCACUCCAGAAAUCCAGGAGAUUGCCACCACGGUUAAACCACAGCUUGAAGGAAAAACAAAUAAAACUUAUGAAAAAUUUGAAGCUGUUGAGUACAAAUCUCAAGUGGUUGCUGGAAUAAAUUACUACAUCAAGGUUCAUGUAGGUGGUAAUAGCUACGUUCACAUAAAAGUAUUUAAAAGUCUUCCUCACCAAAAUGAGCCUUUGAAACUUAGUGGCUACCAGGUUGACAAAACCAAGGAUGAUGAGCUGAAGGCCUUUUAGCAGCAUGAUCUGGAAGCAGCUGAUUCUACCCACUGGCUCUUGAGUAAUGAUCCCUGCGAAUAAAUGCAACUAUCAAUAUAAA